AAACGUCCCUAAUGACUGUGUUUUGUCAUUUGCUGCCCGAAUAAGAGUAGAUGCUGUGCUGAGAUUGUACAAUAUCAGGUCAUCUUCUUCUUUCUUGAGCCCUAAAGAAUAAAAAGGGAAGAAUCUCGUUCUUUAUAAUCCUGCCUUGAUCCCGACGCGUGGUGAGAAUGCUAUGAUGGACCGUCUACGCAAGAUUUCAGAGAAUCUGUUGACCAGCUCGACUAAAUCAGACAAUAUUGUGGAGAUACUGAAGCUCAGUGAGAGCGAGGAUUGUGAAGUGGUCCAGUGCAGCGUGACCUGUCUGCGUGAUGUGUUCAGCCACUUGUUGACACUGACCACGGGCCCUGGCAGCAAGGUGUAUCUGAGAGCGGACGACUCUAUCAGCGAGUCUUCGCUAACUGCGGAAGAAAAGAAUGCUGCACGUUUAAGGCAGCUUUACUCAACCGGGCUGGACAGGCUCCAACGGCUGAUGCUGCAUGAGAAUGAUGACGUGCAGCAAGCAGCGGCCGGCGCUCUGUGCGAGCUAGUCAAAGCAGAGACAACAGCCAGAUCACGACCAAAGAAGCGCAAAUCCAAGGCUCUACAGCAGCCACAGCGCCAAUAUCAGUUUGCUGUCUAUACUCUGCGGCGUGUGCUCGUGUCACUUCUCGACACAACGGCCAAUACUGCCGUGGCGUUGAGCAGUGUGGUGAAGUUCCUGGAGCUGGACGACUUUCGCUUCUCCCUGCUGAAGACUAUGGAAAUGAUUAUGCGUGAGAAGUCGGAGGGCAAGUCCUCCACGCCAUGUUUUGUUGGCAAUUGCUUUGGCAUCCUCAAGGCGAUUGCCAUGCCAAGAAUGGAAUGUCAGAUCACAUCGUUCAUUGUUGAUGAAGAAAAUGCAGCAUCUGAGCCACCUCGCAAGAAGGCCAAGUCUGCAGAGGGUGCAGAGGAGAGACGGAGGAAGGAACUGUACGGCGAUCCGGCCAGCAUAGCGGCACAUCGGCGUGUGUUCAGCUCAGCGUGGCUGUCUUUCCUUCGUUUACCGUUACCAUCCAGCGUUCUUGUGCGUGUUCUGAACAACAUACACACCAACGUCAUGCCUCACAUGCUCAACCCCAAACUACUCAUAGACUUCCUGACGGAUGCUUACGAUGCAGGUGGUGCAGUGAGUUUGCUGGCACUGAACGGUCUCUUUCUUCUCAUAAACAAGCACCACCUGGACUAUCCGGACUUCUACGAGAAACUGUAUGCUCUUAUGCAGCCUUCUCUCUUCUACGAGAAACACUGUAGUCGCUUCUUUCGUCUUGCUAACCGCUUCCUUAGUUCCAGCCACUUGUCAGCCUACUUGGUGGCGGCGUUCGCCAAACGCCUGUCACGCCUCUCGCUAACUGCACCUCCAGCUGGCUGUUUGAUAGCAGUGGCUAUGAUCACAAACUUACUCAAGCGUCACCCGUCAUGUAAAGUGUUGGUCCACAGGAAAACGCAAGAACGGCUAUUGGACGAGAACGGCGAGUUCCUGCCAGCGGUGGAGACUAGCGUUGAAUCCGAUGUGUACUUGCCUGCGGAAGCUGACCUGUCUAAGUGCCGGGCAUUAGACAGCUGCCUAUGGGAGCUGCAGUGUCUGCGUGGCCAUUAUGUUCCCGCCGUGAGCAAUUCCCUUGCUCUGCUGAAUAGCGUCAAUGAUGUUGUGGAGAUUGACCUGGAGCCGUACCUAGAGAACUCGUAUGAAUCUCUUCAAGAAGGAGUCAGAUCGGCAGACGCUUACCUUGCGCCCUCGAUCGGUAAGGCAUGCACUCCGUCCUUUACCGAAGCCCUGUCGCGCAUUGCAGCCGAGAUCCUGUGAGGCUGCUGUUGUUGAUACAGUCGCUGUAUUCGGGGGGAAUAAAGCCUUGGGCAGACAUAAUAAGACAGUGUUCCCUUAGUCCAGCGUCAACCCUGACAAGCAACUGUACACCAGCACCAACAGGGCCAGUACGAAGCAGGCAGUGCUCGGGCUAAAGAUGUUGCUUAGUGCAACCAGACCUCGCGUGUGUUCCUACCAUUUCUUAUUUUUCUUCUAUCAUGAAAAGCAUCUCUGGUGCAUAACUUUCGCCCGUGUUGGCAUCUGAUAGCCUGGGCAGAUACGCAGAUAUGAUUGAUUUAAAAUUUACCUAGUUACCAUAGUAACUGCAUAGCAACUUCAUAACAACCCAUCCGAAUAUGUUCAACUGUAGUUGAGCUGCACAUGACUUGAGUGUUGAGAGCAUCAUCAUCAUCACUGCACUAUACUUGCAAUAACUAGCUUACUUCGUCAUUCAUCAAACAACUUUGAAGCAGAUGAGAAACC